UCGUCAGCUGCUCGCACGUGUGGAGCUGGCUGUAAAAAACGAUAUUGUAGACGUUGCGGAGGUAAUUAUUCCAACAAUGUCCUCAGUUGAGUCUUUGAGAGAGUUUGUCACCGAGCGACUCACUGCCGCUGCUCAAGAAAUAUUCGGAGUCUUUGAAAAAACUAUCUUCCAGUACGAGGAAGAGGUCGACCGUCAGCGCAGACUGCUGGAUGUCGUUUGGAAACCUGCAAUAAAGCUACACAGGAUAGAGCUCCCAAAGCAACAUGUCUGUAAGGAGGAGGAGGUUCUCUCUGACCAGCAGCUCUGUAUUCAGGAGAGGAACUCCAGUCUGGACCAAGAGGACCCAGAGCCUCCACAGAUUAAAGAGGAACAGGAGGAACCCUGCACCAGUCAGGAGGGAGAGCAGCUUGAACUGAAGCAGGAGACUGAGACCUUUGUGUUGACUCCUAGUGAUGAGGAAAGUGACCACAGUGAAGAUCAGACUCUGUACAUGAGUAGCGAUGAAAAUCAGAGCGUGGUGGAAGAAACACCUCUAGGCUACACUUCAGUUGAAAGCUCUGUAGUACCGGAACCAAACGAGGACCACCAGCUCCUCUCACACAACUCUCAUGCAGAUAAAAGCCAAGAUCAGAAAGGAGGUGAGCAUGGAUACUCUGAAUCCACUAGUAAUGCAGAGCCAAAACCGUUACUCCAGUGCGACACAUGUGCGAAAGAAUUCAAGUUUAAGUCUAAUUUUUACAGACAUCUGAAAACACACACAGGUGAGAAGCUACAUUCUUGCAACGUAUGUGGGAAACGAUUCAGUCAGAAAGCAACAUUGAAACUUCAUAUGAAGAUCCACACAGGUGAGAACAUGAAGCCAUAUUCUUGCAAAACAUGUGGAAAAGAUUUUCGACGUAAUAGUAACUUGGUGGUCCACAUGAGAACACACACAGGUGAAAAGCCAUAUUCUUGCAAAACCUGUGGAAAAGAUUUUCGACAUAGCAGUGUCUUAUUGGUUCACACGAGAAGAGCCCACAAGGGGGAGAAACCGUUCAUCUGCAAGGCCUGUGGGAACAGAUACUUAGCUGCGUUUCAAUUGGCAAGGCAUGUAAGAUGGCAUACAGACAAGUAG